AUGGCGACCGACAACACAUUACGGCCCUAUUACAACGCCGAUACGUUUGGAACAGGCACGCUGUACACCAAGCGACAGUUCCCCAACUUCUCCGACGCACCUGGCGGAGCCACUACCUCUGGGUCCUACACACAUUUUGAAGGUGGCAACAGCAGCCGACUGACCCGCAAUGUGGGCAACCACAACUUCGGCGAUCUGUUUGAUGGCAUUGAGAUUGACUACGACAUUACCGGAACGUCCGAGUCGGUUCGAAAUGCCAUGCAUUCGCUGUUCCAGCUCUACGGCAAGACCUUUCUGAGUCAGCCCUGGGAGGUCAGCAAGCUACUGCUGCAGGUAGGAGACUGGAGUCAUUUGCAACGAGUGGAGAGCGCGGCCGAGGUCGAGGACCACAUUAUUGAAGUGGCUCUUGAGGAGGAAGAGGAGCGAGAGGAGGACGAAGAGAUUGACUAUUUCGAAAGCAACCAUAGAGAAACGCUGGGAGACUUGAGUCCUCGAACCCACAGCCGAAAUCAUAGUCACGGAGGCGACUCCCCUAGUGUACUGGAUUCAGACCCUCUACCUGACCAGAAGAAGCGACUCAAGAAGUUCCUCAAGAACUACCAUAGCCAGCUACAGGCCCGAACUACACGCAACUGGGACAUUCUGCUGGCUCUCAACGAGGUUGACGGAGUUCGGGGACCGUGGAGAGCUCUCAACGCCUCCUUCCUGCUUGGAGCUCUUACAAUGACUCUGGAGGCAUGGUUUUCUGGAUUCUUCAGCUCCAUUUCUAACUCUCCGGACCCUCUGUUUCUGGAAGAGGUCGCUCACUCCCCUACUCCCAUCACCUCUAUCGUUGUAGCCGUCAGCGCUUCAGUGAUCACCUCUCUCCUUGUGGCUCCUCUCGAUCUCAUCCGAACACGUCUGAUUGUGUCUACACUCUCCACCAAGCCCCGUUCCGUGCGACAGUCGCUCGUGGAGCUCAAGUCGCUUCUGUGCCCUCCCGAGCUGCUGGUGCCCACUUUCCUCGGCUCUUUCUGUACAUCUAUUGUGCGACACACUCUACCUCUUUGGAAAAUCACCAAGCUGGGCAUUGACUCGUACCACUUCCCCGUGCUUGACAGACUGUUCAACCUGGCCAGCGCGUACGUGACCAUGAUCGUCAAGCUGCCAUUGGAGACUAUGUUGCGACGAGCACAAGUGAACCACCUGGAUCUGCCCUCUGGUGCCAUGAUUGUCAAGCCCGUUGUCCAGACCUCCACUGUGGCUGUCUGGUGGCACCUGCUGUCUGGCCAGAUGCCCCUGGAGGAUCUUUACAGAGGAUGGAGAGUGUCUGCUCUCGGAGUGCUGGGAGAGUGGGGUGUUGCAAGCUUCAGAAGUGUGAACAAGGCUGGACGGGAAAAGUUUUAG